AUGAUCAUUUACAAAGUAAAAAGUAAGAUUGAAUUUAUCACGCUAUUUUCAGGACUGCCGGAGUGCUUGCUCUCUGCUGCGUGCAGUCGCGCAGGGUUAUCUGUAUUGCACCUUGACCGAAAUUCAAAUUACGGCGGAAAUUGGGCGUCCUUUUCAUUCAGUAAUUUUGUUGAAUGGUGUGAACAUGAUUCGAGAGAAUCUCUCAACCAUGCUGGCCCUCAGCCUACUUCUGAAGGUGUUUACGAUCAUCAAGAUGUUCCCCUUCCAGAUGCAGGCGUUCAGGAUCGUCGCCUGCUUGACGAAAUCUUAUCAAAUUCGAGAUUUUUCAACCUGGACCUUUGCCCAAAAGUCUUGUUUUCUCGCGGUUCAAUGGUCGAACUGAUGAUCAGAUCUAACAUCAACAAUUACGCAGAGUUCAGCAACGUGGACAAAAUUUUGGUGCAUUACGACAAUCAGCUCCGAGCAGUAGGUAUUUCCGUAGUACCUUGCAGCAGAUCAGACGUGUUUCAGUGCCAGGAAUUUUCUGUCGUUGAAAAACGGCUGCUGAUGAAGUUUUUGACUUUUUGUAUGAGUCACGAAAACCUUUUGGAUCAAUGGAUCGGUAUAUUUUGCUUAACCGAGAGUUUCCACUCCAAACCCUCGUCAGAACACUAUCAUUUCUUCCUUCCCAGAUUGAUAUCAAAAAAAUUCAUUUCGUCAACGGGAGUUUACGGAAGCUCUCCGUUGCUCUGGACGCUGUAUGGAAGCGGUGAACUUCCACAAUGCUUUUGCCGCUUGUGCGCUGUGUAUGGAGGCGUAUUUUGCCUCCGGUGCAGAAUUGAUGGAUGGAUCCUCUCCAAGGAAAGGUGCAAUUCACUCAUGAAUAAAAGUUGGCAACGAAUGGUGCUUAUCUCAGCGUAA